GUUCAGGGACAUUCAGAAGAUAUCCAGGAGAUUCUUUAGGGUUCGGUUAGCUCUGUCGUAUCGAAAGCUCUUCAAACGAUGUAUACCUCCAUCAGAACAGCUUACCAUUGCUUCUACAACUGCAAGCCCCAAGUAAGGUCCGUACAUUCGUAUACCUUCGUUUACAUCGUAUAGACCCUAUGAAGCAGCGAAAGGACGGUAUUAAAGAUCAGGCCAUUGUCGCAAAACCAAAAAAGAAAAAUUUUUUUGUUGCUGCUAAAAAUCACCAACUAAUAUCAGAUGAUAUUAAGUGUAUACCGUGUAGCGUGUUUAACGUUAUACGAAGGGUCGGAACGAAGUAAAUAUAUAAAAAUGGAUGAAUGAGCCGGAGUGAAAUAAAUGCAAUAGUCAUUAGAGCAAAAUGGAUAUAUUUAAACAAACCUCAUCACUUCAAUAUAUUAUAAGCAAUUCGUUUGGCAAUGUUAAUAAUGCUACUGGGCAAGCUCCAACAAGUUAUAUGGGAGUGUUGAAUAAUUUGCAAGAGCUUUCAAAUACUGAUGUGUUUAUAUCGAAGUUAAACAUAAUAGAAAAAUUAUGGGCAUCAUGGUAUUUAUAUAUGAAUAAUGAUGUAUUGGCUACCGGGUUAUUAUUUUUUUUAACUCAUGAACUCAUGUAUUUUGGCCGUUGUUUACCGUGGAUGAUUAUAGAUCGAAUUCCAUUUUUCAAUAGAUGGAAGAUCCAACCAACUAAGAUUCCAAGUAAUAAAGAACAAUGGGAAUGUUUUAAAUCAGUGUUAAAACUGCAUUUAUUGGUGGAAGCAUUACCUAUCUGGUUAUUUCAUCCGCUCUGUUCUACAUUAAAAAUAUCCGUUGAUGUUCCAUUCCCAAGUCUUUUCACCAUGCUUUGGCAAAUUGCCAUUUUUUUCGUUUGUGAAGAUAUGUGGCAUUAUUGGGCCCAUAGAUUAUUCCAUGUGGGUUGGUUCUAUAGAAAAAUCCAUAAACAACAUCAUAAAUACGCUGCUCCCUUUGGUUUGGCUGCAGAAUAUGCUCAUCCGGUUGAAGUGAUGUCUUUGGGUUUUGGUACGGUUGGAUUCCCAAUCAUUUAUGCUCUUUUAGCUAAAAACUAUCCGGAAUGGGACUUGCCUGAUUUACAUUUAUUUACAAUCACUACUUGGAUUGUUUUAAGAUUAUACCAAGCAGUUGAUUCUCAUUCUGGUUAUGAUUUCCCUUGGUCGUUAAAUCAUUUUUUACCUUUCUGGGCCGGUGCUGCUCAUCACGAUGACCAUCAUCAUUAUUUCAUUGGGAAUUAUGCUUCUAGUUUCAGAUGGUUUGACUACUGCUUAGACACUGAAAGUGGUCCCAUUGCCAAAGCCGGAAGAGAAAGAAGAUCAAGACAAAAAUCUGAAAAAACGGCUAAAAAAUUUAUAUAGGUCCUCAAUAUAACUAUGUAAUGAAAACCUUGUCAUAAACUAAAAUGUAUUA